AUGUCAUCCCUCUCCAAUACCGCUGACAACUGGGAAGAAAUCACUGACUUGGAUUUUGAAGAUAUCCAUCUCGCUCAACGUAUCACCGUCCACUCGGUUCCUACACCGCGCAGCAAUGCUCUCUUGGAUAUCGAUAACAGUAGUGAUUUGAGCGAUAGUGAAGAGUAUCAGUUAAUCGAGGCUCAUACUGUGCCUACCUACGCCGCCGCUGCCAAGUGGGGAAACAAAACCAGAGCGGAAGGGAACCUAAAGGAGGCGAGUGUGUGCGAGAGGGGUUAUGGAAUUAAGCAAAAAGGAAUGAGGCUUAAAAAUAAUAUAAUACCAUCCUCACCACCGAGUUCGGAUGACAUGGACUCAAUGAAAACGAACGAUUCUCGUUCGUCCAAUAUGAGAAAUAAAUGUAAAGAAAGAGACAAUAAAUCGUCCAAUCACAUCGAUAAGAAUAUCCGUCCUCCAUCCCAAACACAUCCUUCACCUCCAGCUUCGCCUCCCUCAUCCUCCUCAACCAUCGCUCCCCUCGAUACUGAAAUUCCAACCAAAUCUUCAUCGCGAAAGAUGAAAAACCGUCACAACACACGUAAAGCUAAAAUAGCAACCAAAAAGCUCCAAUCACAACUUGUCUCUCCGAACGAUGCAGAAUUCUACGACUAUUGCUGUCGCGGAGAUACAAAUAGAGAUCCAGAGUUUGUAAAAUAUAAAUUGUGUAAAAAGGUAAUGAAAUAUGAAAAGAAGAUGAAGAAGAGUGACGGGAAGAGGGCUAAAGGUGAUAUUAACGAAUUGUGA